AAAAAUCUUAUCAGUAAUCGCCAUACGUUAUCGCUGUCGUCGCAUUUUCUCGACAAAUUACUCAAGUUAUUUUAACUAAUAAUUACAGGUUUAAUAAUUAAAAUCGUGUUUCAUCUUGUCGUCUUGAUGAAGAAUUAGAAGUUGGAAUCCCCUGAUUAAUUCAUGAUAGUGCAUUAGUGCGAUUUAUUAUUUGAAUGAAAGUACUGUGCGAAGACAAAUGUCGGUCCAAGUGGAUAUUCGUCUCAAACGUGCCAAUAAAAUAUAUCGCGAAGGAGAAAAUGUUGAUGGUGUUAUCCGUGUGACGAGUCCAACAGAAUUCAAACACGAUGGCAUUUCUUUAACUAUGGAUGGAGUUGUGAACAUGCAGCUGAGUCCAAAGAAUACUGGGGUUUUUGAUGCCUUUUACAAUUCUAUAAAACCGGUUCAACUCGUUUAUGCUGUCGCAGAAAUUUGUCCUAGCAAGAAAAUGCCAACAGGAACCACAGAAAUUCCUUUCGAAAUUCCGCUGAUUCCUCGACAGCAUCAAAAUAUUCUCGAGACAUAUCACGGCGUUUUCAUCAACAUACAGUAUAAUCUUAAAUGUGAACUGAAACGAAGUUUUUUAUCGAAGGAUGUGAUUAAAAAUAUGGAAUUCAUCGUUGAAAAUAACAAAAAAGAUCCCGGUGAUGUGAAUUUUUGGAAAAAAGUUCGACAAAGCGCUGUCAAGUUUAAUAUUGUGCCAGAAAAUUUACGUGGUUUCCAAGACACUAGUAUGCCGGUGCCAAAUUUUUCCAUAACAGGAACUUUGCAUAAUACCAUAUGUGAUAUUACAAAGCCAUUUUCUGGAGAAUUAUGUGUGAAACGAUCAGAUGUACCGAUAAAAUCUAUUGAAUUACAGCUAGUGAGAGUUGAAACAUGCGGAUGCGCUGAAGGGUUUGCUCGUGAUGCUACUGAAGUGCAGAAUAUUCAGAUUGCAGAUGGAGAUGUUGCCCGUGGUUUGAAAAUUCCAAUCUACAUGAUUUUUCCCAGACUUUUUUCUUGCCCUACAUUGUUGAGACCUAAUUUUAAAAUCGAGUUUGAAGUCAACCUUGUCAUCAUUUUCAGUGAGAAACACUUAGUUACCGAAAACUUUCCUAUUGUCAUUUUUAGGCCUUAAGAAGUCAUGAAUUAAUAUUCUUAUUUAUAUUCAUUAUACUUUGUAAAUGCAUUUAUAUAUACUUUUGUUGAAUUUUGUUUCAUUUUGUAUGAAAAAUAUUUAUGGUUAUACAUAUGUACUCAAAUUGAA